UGAAGUUUCUGCCUCUCCUGGCUUUAUCAUCUCACCUCAACAUGACUGAAAAAGCAAAUGAAAGCCAGAGAGAUGGAGAAUAUUCACUCUAACGCAUCGCGCAGCAUCACUUGACCGCGCAGCUCCUCGCGGAUGAUGUGGCAUGCCGGCGUGGCCAUCGCCUCCGUUUACGGGGCCCUCAGCGUUUUCGGACUCAUUGGCAACAUCACGCUCAUCAAGACGUUUUGCUCGGCCAAAUCCAUCCGCAACGUUCCCAAUCUGUUCAUGUCGAGCCUUGCACUGGGGGACGUUCUGCUGCUGGUGACAUGCGCUCCGGUGGACGCCAGCCGCUACCUUUCAGACGAGUGGCUGUUCGGGAGAGUGGGCUGUAAGGUCAUCCCCUUCCUUCAGCUCGCCUCUGUUGGGGUUUCCGUGUUCACCCUCAUGGCCCUCUCUGCCGACAGGUACAGGGCCAUCGUGAAGCCCCUAGAUCUUCAAAAAUCGACCACCACAAUCAGCAUUGUCCUGCGAGCGGCAUUCAUCUGGGUCUUCUCCCUCAUCUUGGCAAUCCCCGAGGCCGUGUACUCGGACCUCCACACCUUCAAUGUGACCUCUACAAACGAGAGCUUUGUUACUUGCGCCCCCUAUCCCCACGCUGGGAAACUGCACCCUCAGAUUCACUCCAUGGCCUCCUUCCUUAUUUUCUACGUCAUCCCCCUGUUGGUGAUAAGCAUGUACUACACCUUCAUCGCCCGCAGCCUUUUCAAGAGUGCGUCCAACCUUCCCAUGGAGGGGAAUGUCCAUGCAAAACGACAGGUAGAAUCCAGAAAACGCUUGGCCAAGACAGUUCUUGUGUUCGUUGGUCUCUUUGCAGUGUGCUGGCUGCCCAGUCACGUCAUCUACUUGUACCGCUCCUAUCACUAUUCCCAGGUGGACACGUCUUUGGGUCACUUUGUGUUCAGCGUUGUUGCUCGGAUUUUGGCCUUCACCAACUCCUGCAUGAACCCGUUUGCCCUUUACCUGCUGAGCAAAACCUUCAAGAAGCAGUUCAACCAGCAGCUGUGCUGCUGCUGUCAGUUCAUGUUCAAACACUCCCCACAGAGCCCAAAACAUUAUAACACACGCAUGACUUCAGUCCACAGCACACGUCACUCUGUGGCAAGUCUGACAAUGAUCAAUGGGAGGCAGCUCUGUCAGGAGGAGUAUGUGUAA